GGUAGCGUCGUAAACAGGAAGCACAUGGUUGCCGCACUGUCUUGCUGUCUCUGAACUGCGAGCGGUUCUGAGUUAUUAUUGUAUCGUUUAAAUAACAUAACUUACAACGAUUCGGACAUUUGAAGAAAAAUCUAUCUUAUUUAAAUACGGGACGUUAAACUGAAGCGCGUUAUUCGUUAUAACAGAGAUCGAAACGAACCAUUUCUCUUACGUCAUUGUCUUUUGGCGUUUUCCACAAAAAAACAGGUAUGUUUGUGGUCAUCGAAAUGGUCGACACGGUCCGAACCCCUCCCUGGCAAUUUCAACAAAGACUGAACGACGCCAUUGCUGAACAGCUUAAUAAGAAGCUGGCAAACAAGGUUGUCUAUAACGUUGGGCUGUGCAUCUGUCUUUAUGACAUCACCAAACUUGAAGAUUCUUUCAUCUUCCCUGGUGAUGGAGCAUCCCAUACAAAAGUUCACUUCCGGUACGUGGUUUUCCGGCCGUUUCUGGACGAGAUUCUUGUCGGAAAAAUCAAAGGAUGCAGCCAGGAAGGGGUGUAUGUCACUCUCGGGUUCUUUGAUGACAUUUUAAUUCCUCCUGAGUCUCUUCAGCAGCCGGCGAAAUUUGAUGACUCUGAGCAGGUCUGGGUUUGGGAAUAUGAAACAGAAGAAGGAGCUCACGACCUCUACAUGGACCAGGGCGAGGACGUCCGAUUCAGAGUGGUGGACGAGGCUUUCGUCGACACCUCCCCCAGCGGCCCCCUCUCCUCCGAAGCCAGCCCUGACGAAAAGAAAGAGGCCCCCUACACUCUCAUAGCUUCCAUUAUAGAACCAGGUCUUGGUCUUCAGUCUUGGUGGACAAACCAUUAAAUAGGACAAGGACUCAAAACUGUGUGUGUGUGUGCAGCUAUGGAGCAAAAGUUUAGCAUCAUCUCACUGUAGAAUGAACUGCUGGCUAGGACUACAGCUCCCAGCAUGCCUCUGUGUCUGUGUGUGACAGUGAGAGUGUGUCUGUGAUAGUGUAUUUGUCUGACAGUGAGAUUGAUAGUGUGUCUGUGUGCUAGUGUGUGUGAUACUGUAUGUGUACCAAAAGCAAAUAAUUGUACAGUUUAAAUAUGUAUUAAGUACUGUAUGUUGAUUAAAAAAAUGUUUAAUUUUUCAACAA